AUAGUUAACCAAUCAAGACCCAAUACGUCUGACAGACGACAUUAUAGUGUUCUGUCAUCCUGUGACAGGAUCGUCCAUCUAACAUCUCAUAUUAUAGAACAAAGUUAGAAACUAUCUUAAGUUGUUCGGUUUUAGCAUAAUACGUUUAUAAAAUUUAUUUAGAAAUGAGUAACAAGAAUAAUUCGCAAUAUAUUCUCCCGAAUGACCAACCUGUAGUGUCUUUAGAAGUGAAAUCCGCAUUCGAAGGCCUAACUGAAAAAGAAAAACUGUAUGCACAUUAUAUCAGUAAAGCUUCGUGGCACGGUGGCUUAAUAACACUUUUACAAACUAGUCCAGAAUCAGGUCCAAUUUUUGUUUUUUUACAUAAAUUCCUAUCUGCUCAACCACCGACUGAAUUCAAAAGUAUAGCCCUAAACUCGGGAUUCUCUGAGGAUGAAAUAACAGCACUUUUCGUUUAUGCAUGUGGUGUAUUUACCAACGCUGGAAAUUACAAGGGUUUUGGAGACACCAAAUUUAUUCCAAAUAUUGAAAAACAGCGUUUAGAAGCCCUAUUAAAACUUAGUCCAAUUUGGUCCGAACUUGAACCUUUAUGGAAACAGUUCAAAGACUCAUUGUAUGAUCUUGAAAAUGGUAAAAGUUGUCUUGGAUACGGCCCUAGUGGAAUUACCACUUAUUUAUCUCAUAACUGUACCCCCAAAGACAAUGAGAAGGUACAAAACUGGCUCAAAUCUGAAAAAAUUGAAUGUUACAAUACAAGACUAUUUAAAACUGUAUCUGCUGAUAAUAAGACUACAUACGAAAUAAGACUGGCUUCGGAAGAGAAGAAACUUCUAAAGACUCAUACAGAAGGUGAUACAACAUAUCAAAUAACUUGUGGGGAUUAUUCCCCAUUAAUAGGUCAAGUAGCUAAAGACUUACAACAAGCUAUUGAAUAUGCAGCAAAUGAAAAUGAAGUUAAUAUGCUCAAAGCGUACAUUUCCUCUUUCAAAACUGGUUCGUUAGAUGAUCAUAAGUUGGGAUCUAGGUAUUGGAUUAAAGAUAAGGGACCUGCGGUGGAAAGUUAUAUAGGUUUUAUAGAAACUUACAGGGAUCCUGCAGGAGUUCGAGGAGAAUUCGAGGGAUUUGUUGCUGUUGUAAAUAGGGCGAUGUCUGCCAAAUUUUCCACAUUAGUAUCGAAUGCGGAGAAAUUUUUAACUUUACUUCCUUGGAAUAAAGGUUUUGAAAAAGACAAAUUUUUAAAACCUGAUUUCACAUCUCUGGACGUUCUCACCUUUGCUGGCAGUGGUAUCCCUGCUGGUAUCAACAUACCUAAUUAUGAUGAAAUUCGACAAAGUGAAGGAUUCAAAAAUGUUUCAUUAGGAAAUGUCAUUCCAGCUAGUUAUCAGUCAGCUGUGACACCAUUUUUAACAGCUGAAGAUGCAGAACUUUUUCAGAAAUGGAGAGUUCCUGCAUUUGAACUACAGGUAGGACUCCACGAACUUCUUGGACACGGUUCUGGAAAAUUGUUGAGAAAAGAACUUGACGGCACCUUUAAUUUUCCUUCGACUUUAUUAGACCCCUUAACAGGCAAACCACCUUCUUCUUUCUACGAACCAGGCGAUACGUACGACACCAAAUUCGGACCCCUAAGCUCAAGUUACGAAGAAUGUCGAGCGGAAGCAGUAGGACUGUAUUUAAGUCUCGAACCAAACGUUUUAAAGAUAUUCGGUCACGAAGGCGAACAAGCGGAUAUCGUUACUUAUGUGAAUUGGUUGUCUUUGGUUUGGGCGGGGGCUGGUAAGGGACUUGAACUAUGGGAACCCGGUCGAGGAUGGUUACAAGCGCACGCACAAGCGCGUUUUGUUUUGGCUAGGGUUUUAAUUCAAGCUGGAGUAGCAUCAGUUACUCAACCUACCGAAACUGAUCUCUUGGUAACUUUAGAUCGUUCGGCUAUUAAAGGUGCUGGUAGAAUCGCUAUCGGACAAUUUCUUUUGCAGCUACAAGUUUAUAAAGCAACGGGCGAUUUGGAAAAAGCUCAAGCUCUAUACAAUCAUUACGCAGAAGUAAAGGAACCUUGGUUGAGUUGGAGGUCUAUAGUGUUGGCAAACAAACAAGCCAGAAAAAUGUUUGUGCAAGUGAAUACUUCAGUUGAAGAAAAUGCUGUAAAAUUGAAAUAUUAUGAUGCAUCUUUGGAAGGUUUGGUGCAAUCUUGGGUAGAGAGAUUUUCAGAACCGCAAAGUUUUUACAAAGCCUUAUUAGACCUUUCCAAAGCAGACGCGAAUCAUUUUUAAGAAAUUUCCUGUUAACAGAUUAUGUUUUACUAUCGAUAAUUAAUUAACCUUAUUGAUGCAACAA